UCGCGCGCCACUUCCGACGGGGGGGCUCCACUAUAGGGGCGCCCCCCACUAGGACCGGUUCCAGUGCGGCCAUGGCACGCGCGCCGCGCUGCUGCACCGUGGACGGUGUGGUCGCCUUCAUUGGCGUCGUAAGCGCGCUGAUCCACGUGCUCGAGUUCUUCGCCUUCUGGUACCUGCUGGCCGCCUUCUUCAUCCUGACCGGGGACGCGCACCGGCCCGACGACCACUUCUGGGGGCUGCUGUACCCGGCGCUGCUGGUGCUGCACUCGGUGCUGCAGGCGGCCCUGUCCCUGCUGCUCGCCGCGGGCGCACUCAAGAGGCGCAAGGCGUACAUCCUGCCCUGGAUCGUCACCAGCAUCGUGGAGUGCGCGCUGCUCUUCAAGUGCAGCAUCUUCCUCGGCCUGCAAUCGGUGCCCGCCAGCGCGUGGAUCACCGCAACCACCGUGGCCUUCUCGAGCGUCCAGCUCUUCUACGUGUCUUGCGUGGUGCUCUACUUCCGGAGGCUCAAGAAGAUGGAACGUGAGAUCCAGCCGCCGGAGGUGUACAAGUGCCCGUGAUGCUUGUGAGAGGCUUCUGCAGUCGACACUGGUUUUGAUAUCCACAAUAGGAAUCGGAAUCUGUGCAGGCACAGCCAAAACACGGCAAAGUCUCAUCAACUACGUGGGCAACAACACAGAAAAGUUUCUGCGUUUGCAUUCAAUAGGUGAGGCGUAAACUCGUAAAGGCACAUGGGAUGUGUCGUCUGCUCGGCUCUUCUGGUUCAACCAAUGACGGUUCCGACGCACAAUUCCUGGGGCCGGUCGCGUUUGCUCUCCGUGCAUUUUCAUCGCCCACGCUGCUAAUUUCUAGACCUCUGAUGGUCGCAUCCAUGACUGACCACGAAAUCUGAGCAUAGGCAGUCAUUUUAAAUAUUUGCUUAGCCGAAUCGAUCGAACACGUGAAGUAGCGAUGCGUGCUGUCGCAUUCUUGUGCUUACCUUGAAUGUCGGCUCACACUUUCUUGUUCUCAAGUGAAUUCUGUCCACGGCAACGAUAAAUGUUUCUUUUUUACUUAUUUCAUCUCAAUUUCACCAGCUUGUUCAAACAUGCAUGGUUUAGUAGUGGAGGCACUACAGGCGGCCAAGUGGUUCCAAUACAAGCGUUUUCUUGACCUCUUGGAACACCAUUCAGGCGAGCAUCACGCAUGAUAUAGCGAUCUUAACUUGGUCUUCGAUGUAAAAUUAACCAGGUGUACUGGGAGGAUUGAAAAAACGAAGACAGCAAUUUUUCUCGUAUAUUUCGUGAAAGGUGCACGAGUCGAGGAUAACGAUCGCAAAGCUGCAGUGUUUUCCUUAUAAAAAGAUGCAUAUGAAGCAUACUCCAGCGUGCGGGGAAGCCAACUGCAGUCGACGAGCGCUCUAGCAUGCCUAAUGUUCCAUAUCUCACACAAAUAUCACAAUGUGCCCCAAACACAAGGGGUACACGCUAGCUUUGAACGCGUUAGAGAGUUUUAUAAUAAAUGUCUUUGUGAAGUUGGAGAAAGUGAUACUACAUGAAAACUUGCUUAAACCAUGCAGACCACGUGGCUAACGUUUGGUAUUACGUUUGUUCAAGGAAAUAUCAGUAACGUGGAAAGCAAGCUAUUUUACUAGACAACACAUGCACGACUCGCAUGUAAACGUCGCAAAACAUAUAAAGGUUUACUGUAAAAUGAUAUAAAAUUGCGAGUAUGUGAUGCCAACUAGUCCAAGCAUCUACUUUAGCAGUGAUAUAAAAGUUUGAAAAGUCAAAUGUGUGGAAAGUGUCAAGGUUCUUAGCAGUUGCUGUGCGUGCAACGCGAUUUAUCAACGACAGGUGAACACGUAAGUGUACAGAACGGGCACAUAUCGCGACUCAAAUAUUACAAAAUCUUCACGUCCUAAGCCCGAACAAAAUGGACGUGAGAACAAGUGCGAUUUGUCAUUCAAGGUAACUGCGACAGCACGCACAGGUAAUUCGACCGAUCGGAUAAAUAAAAAAAAGAAUUAUUUUCAACGACUGCCUGGGUCAGUCAUCGCUGCGACCUGAGCACACCUCGCAAAGAAGGGAAUCGCACGCUGGAACCGUCAUCUGUUGAACUACGAGCUUUUACGCCCCACCUAUUACAAACAGACCAACAAAAAUGAGUCCCGCAAACGGACAUUUGUGAUACUCAGAAAUAGCCAUUACCAGCGCAAAUAUUUUACGUCAGCAGACGGUGAGCGCAGAAUUUAAAUAAAUUCUUUUUUCCAGAA